GAAUCGAAUUCGGCUGUAUUCUAAAUCUCCUUGCAUCAUACGUAACGUCACGGCCAUAGUGCGCUCAGUAGCACCUUUGAGUCUAAGUUGGAAGCUUGUGUUCGUUGUUUUUGAGGACUGCUUAGACCUAGACAUGUCGGAAAGAAAAGUCUUAAAUAAAUACUAUCCCCCGGAUUUUGAUCCAUCCAAAAUCCCUAAACUGAAACUCCCUAAAGAUCGUCAGUAUGUGGUUCGACUGAUGGCCCCGUUUAACAUGAGGUGUAAGACAUGUGGAGAGUACAUAUACAAAGGGAAGAAGUUUAAUGCUCGCAAAGAGACGGUACAGAACGAGCUGUAUCUGGGGCUGCCCAUCUUCCGCUUUUAUAUUAAAUGCACAAGAUGUCUGGCAGAAAUCACGUUUAAGACCGACCCAGAAAACACUGAUUACGCUAUGGAACAUGGUGCGACACGAAACUUUCAAGCGGAGAAGCUGAUCGAGGAAGAGGAGAAGAAAAUCCAGAGAGAGAGAGAAGAGGAAGAGUUAAAUAAUCCUAUGAAGGUUUUGGAGAACCGCACACGGGACUCGAAGAUGGAGAUGGAAGUUCUGGAGAACCUGCAGGAGCUGAAGGAGCUGAAUCAGAGGCAGGCUCAGGUGGAUUUUGAGUCCAUGCUGCAGCAGUCCAGGGAGUUGGAGAAGAGACAGAAGGAGAAGGAGCAGGAGGAGGAUGAGAGAGAAACCAAAGAAAUGUUGGAGAGAGCAUUGGUGAAAAGGCUGAGGGACUCAGACUCGGACUCUGAUCAGGAGCACGAAAACGGAAAAGAGCAGCAGAAAAAACACACUGCUGAGAACCCCACAGACAUCCUCACUGCAUACAACGAAACGUAUAUAAAGGGUGCCACUUCGUCUGGAGUAAAGCGGCAGAAAGUGAAGAGCUGGGAAAAGAGCGUGGGCGGGUUGGGAGGAAAAAGUGCGCUAGGGUCACUCUUAGUGAGGAAGAAGCCUGCAGCAACAGUUACAGCACAACAGCCUACAACUGGAACUGUGAAGAUUCAAAAGACUGAUGCAAAUCCUGCCAAAGCAACUGCAACCGCAAGCAGCAGCCAAACACCUACAGUUCAGAAUGGUUCUUCUCUCAGCCUGCUGGGGGCGUACUCGGACAGCGACGAGAGCAACUCCGAUUAGUCCUGUCAUGGUGAUGGAAACCAUGUCUGAUGUUAAAUAUUCAACACGUGCAGGGACACUCUCAAGAAAUACAUUCAUGGACUGCUGAUUUCCAGUGGUGCCUGCUAGAAAUUGAAUUGUACAUGAUAAUAUUUGAAAAAAAAAAAUCAUGUUGACUGUUGUAUAUUUUUCAUGCUUUUUGAUUGAUUUAGUAUUAUGUAUAGAUAGCCUUUCUCACAUGUUUAGCCCAUGUGUCAGCUUCUGAGCAGUAAAUAUAAAAGGGUUGAACAGUCA